AUGGUUCGGGUCACCAUCGACAAUUUAAAGAGAGAGGGUUUUGCCCAGCCAGCAUACUAUAUCCGAUAUGUCCCAGGUAGCAACCGCAGUGUGAAACUAAAUCCAGAAUCGCACUACAUGCUCAAGUAUCCCACCAAGAAGCUUAAGGUGUCUAUAGACAAAGCUUCCAGUUUCGGUGAAGGGUGUAUCAAUAUCGACGACUCCUUUCUCCAUUUUGCAAACCUCGGUUGUGAUAACAAGCUACUGACGGCAAAACCCGAAUAUAGUAAAUGGGGUUUAGUCUCUGUUGCUCAGAGUGAACGGAUAUUGGUGGAUGACUGUCUGGAGAUUAUCUUUCAUCGCGCCCUGCGCAUGCCGGAUGAUGACAAAAUACACCCACUACCAGAUUCACGCGGUAUAUUCCCCCUGUUUAAUGUUAAAGCUUUUGCCUCUCGGCUACCAGUGCACAUCGCGGAGCGCGGUGGGGUAUUCUUUCCAAUGUGGCAGAGAGAAGCUCUUUGGAUUGAAUUUAACAAUCGUAAUAAGGAUAAUAAAUACGCAAUUAGAGUCAACGUUGGUCACAUUAAUGCUUUAAGUGGCCGAAAUAUCUAUGAAGUGACAGAUAAACAGGACUACGUGGUUGUCCCAGAGCAACAGUGGCUUGAUGGCAUUGCCGUGGGCCCGGGAAUUGUACGCCAAUUUGUUUCUAUGCCACUGGGUGCUGGAUAUACCGUUGAAGGGCAGGUUACUGGAAAGGAAAAAUUCGGCAGUAUUCAGAUAGAAGUUAUUCCUCCUUACAAGGAUAGAAAUUGCUACACUUUCACCCACACAAGCGAGCAAGGAUUGCCCAUAGCUAUGUCGGAGCUGAACACCCCACGGGACUACCAUCUUAAACAUGGUGAUGAGGUUGUGAUGGCAUUAAAUCCAUCCGGGCUCAUGGGCUAUCCGAGGGUUUGUGAUUUCCUUGAUGACGAUGAAACCCUCGAGCAAAUAGAAAGCCUCUGUAUAAAGGCUGGUUAUGUGGAGGGAAUUCUGGCUUCUAAUGGUCUAUCAUAUUUCGAUCCCCUGACCUGUGGUUCCCCCGAGUUGGAGACUCCGAAAAUUAGAUAUGAUAUCAAGGAAUCAACCCCACCUUUUGUCAAUGGCUCUGAAAGCGAUGCUGAUAAAUAUGGCGCCGUCGAGGGAAUAUCUGUGCACUCUUCCCGUAAGAGCCAGAAUUCCUUGGUACCCAGCAGGACAGCGGGUAAUUCGGUGCUGAUCAGCCAUUUAGAAAAUCGACCGGAUAUGUCCUUUAAGAGCUAUGAGGACCCACCACAUGAAGAGCGCAUUCUAGAAUACGACUCUGGCAUGUCCCUAACCAGAAAGCGAAAACGCGUGCCCGGCUCAAACGAGCCUCCAGCAGAGACACAUCCAAUUUUUAAUGCUCAACGCUUAGGUGAAAAGUCAAAAAGUGCGCUUUCAUUACUACUGGAUCCUGAUCCGACCCAAUCCGGCGAGGGGAACUCAUCCCCAGAUGCUUCAUACAGCCCUUCCAAGAAGAAGCCCCUCGAACAUCCCCCGUUUGGCGACGCCGUUAAACAAGAACCGGAGUCUCCCCAAACUUCCCAAGCAUUACCAAAUUUCGUCUCGGAGAAGAAAUUACCUUUGACCAAGUUUAUCAUACCCGCUUCUGAGGCUCCAAGACAGGAUUUACUGCCCGCUCUGCAUUCACCAGACAACCAGCAUACACUACCCUCUUUUCAGAUGGCACUAGGUCUUCCCGAUGUGUCGAAAGAUCCUGCUGGACGUCCAAAUGGGUCAUCCCCGUACCAUCUUCCCCCUGGUACAGCCACGUCACCACCAGUCCUACGGAGUGAACUGGCUUGGGACCCGCAGCGCCCAGGGCAUUUUGGCCCUCAAGUUCCCCCCAGUCCGUACUCGCACUGGUCCCCUGCGAGUACAAAAGAUCUAUCGACUGUGUCCUUACCUACGUCGCAGAGCUCCUAUUGGCGGCCUCCCAAACAGGACAAACCCUACCUUAAUCCCGCCGCUACAUGUGCGCCGCACUCUGGACCAGUUGUUUAUCGAGACACAUGUCCCUCUGCAGCUAGUCCUUGCGGGUGGGCACUAUUUGAUAUACCUGCGCAGUACAAUGGGAUUAUCUCUGCAGGCACUUCCACAUAUAAUUAUCCAGAGUGCACUGCUGCCUCCGAGACGGUGCGCUUUGGGCUGGAUCCCGGGCCUAGCUAUAGCUAUACUAGUUCUCAUGCAAAUGUCUAUUCACAAGCCGAAGAAGAGAACACACUAUCACACGUUUUUAACAGAUUUUCCAAGAAGGCGCUUGACAAACAUAGAGGUGAUGAAACAUACGACAGCACUCAGAAUAGACUCCAGGAAAUGGGCAUAGCGGCAGGUGGUAAACUCAUGCAAGACAUCGUGACUGACAGAUCAGACAGGCGGAUCUGGAAUAAAGCGAGUGCUAAAUUACUUAACUUCCAAAUUCUUCACCCACUAGACUUUGAGACACUAACACAUAUCGUGCCUCCAUCAACGCCAAUUACAGCGGAGGAAUACAUCAAGGCCGAGCUUCCGUUUUUCGUGGUAGAAGAGGACACAGACCAGCGACUUGGCGGGGCUGCAGCGCUGACUGAGGUGAAAAGUAUUAGUGCCAUGGACAAGCAUGUAGGAGUGGACAAUGCUUCCGAUAACCAGUUCGACCCCUUGAAACCGAAAAGGUGUGGCACCUGCGCUAUAAGAUUGCGCGAUUGCAUGUAA